UUGCAAGACCAAUCGAAGUUAAAAAUUAUAAAUAUUAUUCAUGCUCCAUUGUUAAUAGCUAGCUAGCUGGAGAGGAGACAAUGGACUACAACAGUUACAGCCUAACCACCGUGAUGGAGGAGAUGUCCACCAUAGGCCCGGGGGAGGCCUGCAACUACACACACAGCUACUGUAUCAAGGACAUGAAGGAAAGUGAUGUUGGUAAGAACACUGCCAUAGCAUUGAUCAGAAUGGUCGCCUCUAUACUGAGUAUUCUUGGGACUGCCUCUAUUAUCGUGUCUGCAAUCCUCAAGCGUCAAGUCAAGAGUCCAAAGGUCCAUCCCAUAUUCGUAUUGUCCAUUGCAGACUUGAUGCUGGCGUUCCUAUGGGUGAUAGGGGGUGUGCUCUGGUUAACUAGUGUCUCAAAUCAUCUCGUCUGGUGUUUCAUGGCCACCCUCAUGACUGUGAUUCUUGAAUGUGUGGCCAUCAACCUGACCUUUGUGUAUGCUCUCCACGCCUACGCGCACAUCACUCACACGAACCUCAGCUCAAUAAUAAUUAAUCAUUCAUCGCACGGCUGGUCCAAACUGAAAGUUGCCAUCGUCUAUAUCAUUGCGUGGCUCCUUCCCACAGUGCUAGUGAUGAUACCAUUCGGCGCAGUAGCCGGGGCCACUAGGGUCCUGCCUAAUGCUGAGAGUUGUGCGUGCGGAUGUGUGCCAAAGUUUGCUAAUGUUUUGCCUUUUCCUGCAAAGCCUCGAAGACAUAUCAACGAGCAGUACAUGAUAGACAUUGCUAAAGUGGACCUCUGCUUCUCCGUGGUGAUAGCACUCCAUUACCUCAUCGUGUUCCCUCUACUAGUCCUCUACUAUUGUAGAGUUCUUAGACACAUCAAGAAACUGAAGAGAGACCACGAGGGCCACACUGUGUCCCCCCUGUAUGGAGCCACAGAGGCACUGAUUGUCAAGGGACACUCAAGAGCCAAACACAGAGUGUUCAUGUUCCUCACUGUCUUUGUCAUCACUGGAUUCUGCAAUUUGGUCCUUGCUCUAAUUCUGACGGUCACUAUCUGUGUUUCCUUGGCCACUGAUGUCUACAACGACGAUUUUAAAUCGAACGUCUUGCACUCAUCAUUAAAAGUCACUCUUCUCAUCCAGUCCAUCACAGUCCCCCUCCAGGGGUUCCUCAAUGCCAUAGUGUAUGGUUGGACAAGAGAGGACUUCCUCUACAUCAUGGCCUCCACCAAACGCCACACACCUCUCAACGAGCCUCAGAUCAACGACAUUGACGUACCUGCUCUGGGGGAACACGACGGACUGUUAUCUGAUCUGGAGACCAGCUCUAACUACGAGAGUGACAGUGAACCGAUGUACCAUAAUCGCUAUCGAAGACAACAAACACCAGAGACUAACUUAUCCGGGAACUGGUACUCAUGCUUAGCUGCUAUGGAGGAUUUAAUGACAGCAGUGGUAGCCCUGCAGAACAUCACCCCCAUAACCUCACUGCAGUGCACUAAAGAGGAUGUCCAGCCAGCCUGUAGCCUCGCACAAGAGGAGAAGGCCAGAAGAGAUGCUCUGGCUGGUCUACGCCUCAUAGUGUCAACACUCAGUAUUCUUGGUGCCUCAUCUAUAAUCUACUCUGCCAUUCGUCGCAAGAGAGUGUGCAACUCCAAGGUUCAUCCUCUGUUUGUACUGUCCAUUGCUGACCUCCUGUUGUCUCUCCUCUGGGGGGUGGGUGGUCUGCUGUGGUUGGUACGCUCCGAGGAUCUCAAGAGAGGGUGGUGCAUGUUCGUGUCUCUCACCACCAUAAUAAUCGAGUGUGUGGCCAUCAACCUCACUCUGGUGUACGCUCUACUGGCCUACCAGCAUAUCAAGAACCUCGAUAUUAGAGUAAAAAAUCCGCAACACUACGGACACAGGUCUCCUAGUGUUCUCACAGUUGGCAAUACAGCCGAGGUCAAAAACAAAUGGUACCCUCUGAAGUCUACCAUCAUGUACUUGGUUGCGUGGCUGCUCCCGGUUGUUAUGGUGAUGGUACCGUUUGCUAUCGUGGUGAAAAUCAGCGAAUACAAUGUUCUAGGCCAUAUACUAGAAUGCACUUGCUGGUGUCUUCCUUCAUUUGGUAAUGUAGUACCACUGGCUGUCCCAACUUCAAAUGCAACGGCCCGUUUUUCAUACGAGUUCAACAAGAUUCUCCUGCUCUACGCUGUAGUGAUCAGCACCAACUAUCUGGCAGGGUUUGUCAUAUUAGUCGCCUGCUACAUGAAGAUACUGCGAUACAUUCAGAACCUUAAAAAAGAAUACAAUAACUUCCACGGUGCCCGUCGCUACGGCACUAUCAAAGUACAGAUCAAACAAGCUCAGUCUCAAGCUCGGAGGAGAGUCGUGGCAUUCAUUGUUGUCUUUAUAUUGUCCGGAUUCUUCAAUCUGGUCCUGUCACUGGUUAUUCUGGUGCACGAGGCUGGAUCACUGGCACGGGAGGACGUGAACGACUUGUCUCAUCGUACCAUUACCAAUCAUGUUCACCAACUCCCUCUCUACGUGUACAUUGUGUUCUAUAUUCAAUCUUUAACAGUACCAAUGCAAGGCUUCCUCAACGCCAUGGUCUAUGGUUGGACAAGAGAUGACUUUGUCAACGUCAUAGUUACUAAGGGAGCUGCAGACAGCGUAAGUGCCCCCACCCAUCACCAGUUUGUUGAAGAUGACCAACCCUCAAGCGUUGAGAACAGUUAUGACCGAGACGAUGACCAGAGGACUUUAGUUCAAACCAUACCUGACCUCAGUGGCUCUACAAACGAGGGUGGAGAGUACAGUCAAGUGUUCAGUGGGGAGACUCAGACUGACUUAGAGACUGAUGAUAAUUUGAGCGUAUAUAAAGUGUAAUUUGGUUGCAGUUUGUGUGUUUGUGUGUGUUUUGUUGGCUGUUUUUGAUUUUAACUGGC